AUGGGUGAUGAUGAUGCUGUGGCAGCUUUGGCUGAGCCUAGCAGCUGGGCUCGUGACAGCCGAUCUUGUUUAUCCGUGUCAAUCCCUCCUCCAAGUCGGGGGCCACAAGGUUCAUAUGAGUCCGAUCUGGACCACUGGAAGCAGUGUCAGGAUGCUGAGUGUCCCCGCUGCUUUUUUGAAAAUGGCUUUCGUGGGCAACUACGGAGGGGUACGUCUGCGCUGGCUUUGGAAAAUGAGACACUGGCAUGGCGCAACAAAUUCACUUUCAGACACCCUGAGUUGGGUGAGAAGUGCUGGCUGGCGGUCAAGCCACGAACAUUCCCUGGUGGAUUUGGGAUCGGGUGUUGGGUCUGUGCCCAUCAUCCGCAGAAGUACUCAUCAUCGUUUUCGCGACUCAGUGUCAACACGAAAGAAACGAUGGGGCCCAGCGCUUUCAGCAAGCAUGCGCAGUCGCCUUCCCAUUUGGCCGCACUGAAGGACUUAGAUGCCAAACUAAAGUCUCCAGAGGAUCCCGCAUCAGGGCAGGUCACCGGUCAGAGUGACGUGUGCCCACGAUUAGAGAAGUUUGUGUUGGCUGGACAAAUCAUUGCCAGAAGAGACUCUUUCACUGAUUACCACGAGUACGUCAAGGCUCUAUCAGUGUCAGGUGUGCAGGAUGUUCUGCGUGAGGUCAAGAUUCUCUUCAAAGAUCAAGCCAUUCUUCAUGACGCCACUGGUGCCACACUGACGGCCUUGACCUUGAAGAACUUGGCUAGACUCGGCCAUCUGACUUACCUACAGGGUCGUUCAGAGGUUCCUUUUGCAAUUCCUCAGGGUCAGGUGGAGGACCUUCGGCCGAUCACAGAGCAGAUCUACAGCUUGUUUCAAGCAUUCUUCGCCACACAGUUCCCAAACUAUGAGGAGGUGAAUGCAUUCGCGUUGUUUCGUUUGGAUGGGGUGCUGAGUUGGCCUCAACGCAGAGUCAUGCUGGGAACCAUUGCCCUCACUGAGAGCAUGUCGGCAGAUGAGCUCUGGAAGCAGCUGGUUGGAAAAGUGGACGGCGAAGGUCCAUCCAUGGGCCUCUUCGCCCGGGCCAUGCACUACUUCGACAACCCACUGGCCAAGAACAAGUCAGAGUCAGUGGGUGCCCUGAGGCAACGGUUCGGGAACACCACCGUGGCAUGGAUGCAGACCUUGCAAAGCUUGGAUCCACGGCAACGGUCUGCUCGUCCUUUGGCGGUCAGGGUCAUCCAGAAAUCGCUUGCGAUCCUCACCGGGACUCAAAACGUGGAGCGUUUUCUCGGAGAAGUACGCCUCAUUGAGCUCAAGCAUCGUGCCCGUGCGCUCGGGAACGAGAUAUUGGAGUCGUCCUUGAAGCUUAACACACAGACUUUCCAAGGACGCCGACUUGGAGGCUCUUUCAAUACUGAUGAACUCGUGCUCGGCCCGGCAGCGUCAUCGGAGAAAAACGUGCAAUAUCGAGCGUCAAAGUUUGCAGUCCAUGCUCAGCAAGCUUAUCGCGAGUUCUUUGGUGAUAGGCAGCUGGCGUCACGAGCUUUGGAUUGCGCGGCUACCCGCUCUAGUGCUCCGCCGCCGCUGGGUCGUGUGCAGAAGCCCACCUCUGAGGCCCAAGUGACCUUGGAAGGGGAGCGUCAAAAGCACACGAAGGCCAUCCAGGACAUCGUCGCCAAAGGUCAGAGUCAUCACAGUGACCUUGACUCGGUCGUCGAUGCUCUGGCAGACGUGGCAGCAGCACGGACUUCCACAAAGCGAAAGUCAGAGCCAACUGUUGAUGAAGAGCCUCAGGGUCAAAGCUCCUCCUCGAGGCUUCCCUGCAUGAGCAGUUAA